UGCUCGCAUGGAUUAAAAAAGAUAAAAACUGGUCUGUUUCCGUGCGAAACCGUGUUAAGGAGAUCAGAGAACUCAGUAAGCCUUCAGCUUGGAAGCACGUUCCUGGAGAAAGAAAUCCUACUGAUCUGCCAUCCAGAGGUUACAAGGCGAAAUAUCUAAUUACAUCAAGAUGGUGGGAGGGACCACACUGGAUUAAUGAUCCCACCGAAUUCCUUAAUUACAUGGAUUCCUGUAACCAUCAUAGCCGGGAUGAAGAAGAGAUUGAAAGGGAGAAGUUAAAAACUACUAGCACGAUGACAAAUUAUGAAACCGUUUGUAAUAAUAAUUGGUAUUACAGGCAUUUUUCUAAUUAUGAGAGAAUAGUACGUAUGGUCUCCUGGAUUCUUCGUUUUAAGCAUAAUUGUACAAAUAUCGAAAGCAGGAAAUACGUAAAAUUGAAUGCAACAGAAUUUCGUCAAGCAGAGUUAAAGAUAUUACAUAUGAUUCAAAAAGAAUCCCUUGAUUUGGAACAUGAUAGACUCAAAACACUUCAGGUUUUUAAAGAUGAUCGUAGCAUCUAUCGUGUAAAAACUAAGAUUAUUUACAGGAAGGGUAGUGAAUAUUUUCUGAAACCGGUCGUCCUUUCUUCAAAACACGAAGUUGUGAAACGACUUAUUUUCUCUGUUCAUGUAAAGAAUUGUCACGCAGGUGGUCAGAUACUUUUGAAUCUGCUUAGAGAAAAAUAUUGGAUUCUUAACGGAAGAAAGACUGUGAAAAACAUUGUGGCUAAUUACACAAUCUGUAAAAGAUAUAAUUCAAGGAACAUGGAAACGAUAUGCGCACCCCUUCCUGAAAAUCGUGUUAAAGAUGCUGCGGUAUUUCAAAUUACAGGGGUUGACGUGGCUGGCCCUCUGUUUCUAAAAGAAAGUAGAAAGAGUUGGGUGUUAAUAUUCACUUGUGCAGUGUACAGAGCAGUACAUUUUGAGCUAAUUACUGCAGCUUCUACAGACGCCUUUUUAAUGGCAUUUAGAAGAUUUAUAGCUCGCAGAGGAAGAUGUACUGUUGUAUAUUGUGACAAUUGA